AUGUCGACAGCAAAAGAUCUGUUGAUCGCGCAAUUAGACACGAUCUCUCAAGUGAAACGCGUGCUCGUGAAUUACAAAAAGUUGGCUAAGGUCAAUAUUACCCUGCCAAAAAUUCAAGAACGAUUGGACGAGCUUACGUCGCUCUGGGCAUCCUGCAGGGAGCUCCACGUCAAGCUCUUACAAUCUACGUCUUCAGAUGAACGGGCGAAGGUUGCCUACUUCGUCGAUGAAGAUUUUCUAAUCGCUGAGGAUGUCUACCUCGAGACGGCCGAUACGCUCCGUGAUAUGAUAAGUAAAUUAAGCGUCUCUUCACCGCCUUCUCUCGAUCGUAGCACUGACUCCUCGUUUCGCGACAGUAAUAAUAAUGGUUUCCAGUUGCCUCGUAUUACGCUUCCGAAAUUUUCGGGGAAGUUUUCCGAAUGGGAAAGCUUCAAGAACACUUUCGAGUCUCUCGUUGCUAGUAACGGUACGCUCACUAACACUCAAAAGUUUCAUUACCUGAAAACAAGUGUCAUCGGUGACGCUGCCUUAAUAAUAAAUAAUUUAAAGAUUUCGGAUCCGAAUUACGAAUUGGCGUGGCAACUCUUAAUUGCCGAAUAUAAUGAUGAGGCGACCUUGAUUAAUACUCACUUGCAUGCUUUCAUGUACAUGCCCGUUAUGAAACAUGAAAGCGUAGGCGAGUUAAAGAGAUUGCGAGACACGGUGGCUGCAUCGCUGGCCGCGCUGACGAAUUUGAGUCGACCGGUUGUUCAGUGGGACGAUAUGCUUGUUUAUUGCGUCUCACAAAAAUUCUGUCAAAAAACGCGAAGCGAGUGGAACUUGAAGUGUUCCUCUAUAACUUGUUACGUCCAACAAUUCACCUGGCGGUAA